UUUGUAGUUUAAAAUAAUUUUUUAUUUACAGGAACGAAGAAGAUGGAAUACAAGACCAGACAAUGGCACGAGAAAUGUUUCUGUUGUGUUGUUUGCAAAACUCCCAUCGGUACUCAAAGUUUCAUCCCCCGUGAACAGGAAAUCUACUGCGCAAAGUGUUACGAAGAAAAGUACGCGACUCGUUGUGUAAAGUGCAACAAGGUAAUUACCAGCGGUGGUGUGACAUACAAGAACGAACCAUGGCAUAGGGAAUGUUUCACAUGCACCAACUGCAAUACGAGUCUAGCAGGUGCCCGAUUCACCAGUCGCGACGACAAGCCCUAUUGUGCCGACUGUUUCGGCGAACUCUUCGCCAAACGGUGCACCGCCUGCAGCAAGCCCAUCACCGGUAUCGGUGGUACUAAAUUCAUCUCCUUCGAGGACCGACAUUGGCACAACGAUUGCUUCUUCUGCGCCUCGUGUCGCACCAGCUUGGUCGGACGGGGUUUCAUCACCGACGGUGACGACAUCAUCUGUCCCGAUUGCGCCAAACAAAAACUCAUGUAAAAACGAGAAAGCAAAAUGAAAAUCGCACCGACUACAACGAGGGAGAUGAAUGAGGACGGUUGUGCGUUGUUUGCUGUUGGCUCUCUUUUCUUUUUUUUUUUUGUUUAAUAUGGAAAUUGUUGUAUUUAAUUUUUGUUUAUUUUAAUCUCAUUAGAUUCGUUGCCUGUGUUGAGUGGGAGAGAAAGAGAGAGAGAGAGCGUCGAAGGAUGAUGUGUGGUAAACGGAUGAAGAAACGCACACACUUAACAAACACUACUACUACACUUAAACUACUACACAACAACACCUACUGGUGAAUAACACUUUCGCAGGAUUGUUAAUACUUUUUUUUAUUUUCUUUUUGAUUUAUUUUCGAUUAUUAAUUUCAGUUGUUAUAAAAACCAUCAAAAAUCCGUCCAAAAGUUUGUAAUUUCGGGGACAGGAAAUAAUACUCACUAAAUAUUAGAUUUUAAAAAUUGUAUCGAUUAGGAUUCUUUUAAUGUCUUAAUCAUUUACAAGCAAUCCUGCGUAUCUUACUCCUUAGCCGCAUAAAAUUUUAGAAAAAUCGAUUUAUUUGCCUGUUAUCGUAUUGUAUGCUUAAAAAAAUCUAACACGUACACAUACACAACACUA